AUGUACCAUCAGGCGUCACAAAAUUCGUCAAAUAACAGCCUACUUACUCAGCCUUUCUCGGCCGAGCAUUAUCCUGUUGAUUACCGGUCUAUCUACACCGUAACACAUGAUAGCCAAGUUCAAGGACCACAUAUACAGCAGCUUCAGCAAUUUCAGCAACUCCAGCAGAUGCAGCUCGAGCAACUACAGCAGGGGCAACAGGGUCUACUUCAACGACAGCACCUGCAGCAGCAAAUACAACAUCAGCAGAGUACCCUACUGCAAGCUCAACAUCAGCAAAAACAGCAGCACCAAGAACAACAAGCUCAGCUACAACAACAUCAACAACAACGCCAUCAACAACAACAACAACAGCAGCAGCAGCAGCAGCAGCAGCAUCAACACCAACAACAUGGUGAUGGCUUGAACUAUGAUCAAGGACAAGCUUCUAAUGUACCGGGGCAAGCGGCUUUUGAGUUUGAUCCUUCGACGCUAUCGCUUUAUGCAGAUCCCGCUCUUUUGGGGAGCAUGACUGGCAUGGCUCUCCACAAUGGUCUCAAUGAUGCUAACGGAGGCGACUGGAGUUCAUUUUUCAGUAUGGACCAUAUUGCGGAAGCGCCCGAAACCCCUAUUACAAUGGAGCAACUACAGCAGAUUCAGAAUGGCCUGGGACAAGAACAUAAUACAGUGCUCUCAUAUGAAAUACCGGGUUCUUCGUCGUUGCUUUUGCACCAAAACCAUCAGCAGCCUCCGCAACAACAGCAACAACCGCAGCAACAGCAACAGCAACAGCAACAGCAAUCACAGCAGCAACAAUCACCACAACAACAAUCAUCACAACAACAACUGCUGCAGCAGCAACAGCAAGAAAAAGAACAAAAUCAUCGACAGCUGCAGCAACCGCAACAACAGCAACCACAAUCGCAUCAACAAUUAUCGCAACAAGGGCAGCAAACGCAAUAUAACCAACAAUUACAGCUUCAAAUAUUACAGGAGCAACAGCGUCAGCAACAGCAACAGCUACAGCUUCAGCUACAGCAGCAACAGCAUAGAUUAUACCAGCUUCAGCAGCAGGAGCAGCUUCGACUGCAACUGGAAAUAGCAAGACAGACACAACUUCCUCAAAGCCCUGCUCCACUCGGUUACUCUACCCCUCUCCAACAGCACUUCCCACACCAUCUACAUGGAAUGAGCCAAUUCCCCACGGGUCACUCGCCCGCGCAGUCACCACUCUCUCCAGGAAACUAUGCUGGUGAUGACUACUUUUCAUCGAGGCAAGUAUCACCAGGACCUGCUUCCUCUCCAGGUGGGCCAUCAAAGAUCAAAUCUAGACCAAGACCAUCCACUGCUACCUCGAGAGUAUCUCAAGGAGGGAUUAAGGCACUCUUUGGACAAAAUGGAUCAAAAAAUAACCGUGCCUCCCUUGAUCUAAAAUCGGAGACUUCAAAUCUCUCACAAGGACUGACAGCGACAUUAAUUGCUGCCAACCAAACACCUGGCAAUCUUGCAUCAUCUAGCGCGGCGUCUGUCAAGAAGAAGAAGCCCACAGCAAAAGCAGUAUCAGCCGAAAUAUCCAUUCCAAAUAUUCCUACAGUGAGUGUCACUGUAGAAGCAGGAAGCAAGGACCCCAUUACUCCUGGAUUCAAUUCCGUCGCUGGCGUCAAGGACAUGGAGACGACACCUUCUCUUACUCUUGCACAACGACGUGCAGCGGCAGCAGCUUUGGGAAUGCAGCGGCGAAGAUCAGCCUCCGAGUCAUCGACUUUGGGGCAAACGUCAGGGUCCACUGCUCCGACCCUAUCGUCUCUAAUUCCACCCAAUCUAGGUCUAGAUGCAAAGGCAAAGAAGUUCGUUCUUCCGCCCAAUGUUACCCCUGGAAAUGAGUCAGUGCCUUUACCAAGUCCUUCGAUUAUUACGACACCAGGGUCCUCAGCGCCCCCAAUUCAAAUUGGAAGGAUUGCUCCUCGGCAUUCAUCGUCCCAGGCGCGGACGGAAGAACAACAGCGACAGCUGGAUGCAGCAAUGGAGCGAGUUGAUUUUGAUGAUGUUACGGUAGCAGAGCUUAAGGAGAUGUUACGCCAGCGUGGAAAACAUGGUGGAGGAAAGAAAGCAGACUUGAUCAAAAGACUUCAGACGGAGAUUGAAAUCAUACGGGCGAAUCGGCAGACGAACCAGGGAAGUCUUACACUGCGGCCUGGGACUAUCGGGAUGUCUGCCAUCUCUGGAGCUGCAGGUUUGGCAUCGAUACCUCCGCCAUUGGCUUCGCCAACACAUUUACUGAACAAGACACUGGGAGGAAUGCAUAUUGGGUCGCCUCCAGUGCAUCAGACGAUGGCAUCCGCAACUGCUCCCUCAAAUCUGAGAUACGCAUUAUAUCAAAACACUACGGAAGCAAAAGAGUCUCAAAUGACGGUACAAGGAACAUCAAUGCCGGAUACAGUUGGCGUAAGAACGACAGUUCAAGCUCCAAGCAUAAACCAUGGCUAG